UAUACAGGUCCAACUUCAUCCAGAACUUUACACACAGUCAAGGAAAUCUAUCCACCCUAGUGACGCCAUGCUACUUUAUCUAGUUUCCAACCCCAAAAUAAGUUAAUAAUUUUGUCUACUUUUUGGUAUUUGAAAAAAAAAAAUAAUGAAAUCCAUUUUUAAUCUUAACAGGAACUCCCAUGAAGAAUGUUGAGGGAAAUGGCGCAUUACCCCUAAAAUGUGAAGUAGAAGAUGAAGAUAUUUUGAUGCGCUCCUCUGAAGACAACUCCAUUAUCUUUAAUGUAAAUCCAGGACUUCACAAUACAGAUCGAUCAUAUAAUAAUUCCCCUAAUAAUGAAGAACCUUCCCCUGAACCAUCACAUAUUGUUAGAACAAGUACAUUUUCUUGCUCAGAAUGUGGCAAAAGUUUCUUGAAGAAAGCAGAUCUUGUUAAACAUAAAAUAUCUCACACAACAGAGAAGACAUAUUUGUGCUCAGAAUGUGGUAAAUGUUUUAAAAAUAAGUCAAGUAUUGUUUCACAUAGGAGAUGUCACACAGGAGAGAUAAUAACAUUUUCUUGUUCGGAAUGUGGGAAAUGUUUUCCAAGGAAAUCGCAUCUUGACAGACAUGAAAGAAGUCACACAGGAGAGAAGCCGUUUUCAUGUUCAGAAUGUGGUAAAUGGUUUACAGAUAAAUCAAAUCUUCUUAGACACGAAAGAAUUCACACUGGGGAAAAUUUGUUUUCAUGUUCAGAAUGUGGAAAAUGUUUUACAGAUAAAUCAAAUCUUAUUAUACAUGAAAGAAUUCACACAGGAGAAAAGCCAUUUGCAUGUUCUGAAUGUGGGAAAAGUUUUAAAGCUAAUUCACAUCUACUUACACACAUGAGAAUGCACGCUGGAGAUAAGGCAUUUUCAUGUUCAGAAUGUGGAAAAUAUUUUCCAACUAAAUCUCAUCUUGUCAUACAUGAGAGAAGUCACACAGGAGAGAAGCCAUUUUCAUGUUCAGAAUGUGGGAAAUGUUUUGUAAAGAAAUCAUAUCUUGUUAUACAUCAGAGAAUUCAUACAGGAGAGAAGCCGUAUUCAUGUUCUCUAUGUGGCAAAUGUUUUAAAGAUAAAUCACAGCUUGUUAGACAUGGGAUUUUUCACACAGGUGCGAAGCCGUAUACAUGUUCAGAAUGUGGAAAAUGUUUUAUGAAGAAAUCAUAUCUUGUAAUACAUCAGCGAUUUCACACAGGAGAGAAACUAUUUUCAUGUUUAGAAUGUGGAAAAUGUUUUACAGAUAAAUCAAAUCUUGUUAUACACGAAAGAAUUCACACAGGAGAGAAGCCAUUUUCAUGUUCACUAUGUGGGAAAAAAUUUACAACUCAGUCACAUUGUGUUGCACAUGAGAGAAGUCACACAGGAGAGAAGCCAUUUCCAUGUUCAGAAUGUGGGAAAUGUUUUACAGAAAAAUCAAGUCUUAAUAAACAUCAGAGACGUCACACAGGGGAGAAGCCAUAUUCAUGUUUGGAAUGUGGAAAAUGUUUUAUGAAUAAAUCUAAUCUUAUAACACAUCAGAGAAUUCACACAGAAGAGAAGCCAUAUUCAUGUCCACUAUGUGACAAAUGCUUUAAAGAUAAAUCACAUCUUGCUAUGCAUGAGAGAAUUCACACAGGAGAGAAUCUAUUUUCAUGUUCAGUAUGUGGGAGAUGUUUUACAGUUAAAGCAAAUCUUGUUAGACAUGAGAGAAUUCACACAGGAGAGAAGCCAUAUUCAUGCUCAUUUUGUAGGAAAUGCUUUACAGAUAAAUCACAGCUUGUUAGACAUGAGAGAUGUCACACAGGGGAAAGGCCGUAUUUAUGUUCAGAAUGUGGGAAAUGUUUUACAGCUAAAUCACAUCUUGUUACACAUAUGAGAAUUCACACAGGAAUUAAGCCAUAUUCAUGUUCAGAAUGUGGGAAAUGUUUUACAGAAAAAUCACAUCUUGUUAGACAUGAGAAAAGUCACACAGGAGAGAAGCCAUAUUCGUGUUCAGAAUGUGGGAAAUGUUUUACAGCUAAAUCACAUCUUGUUACACAUAUGAGAAUUCAUACAGGAGAGAAGCCGUAUUCAUGUUCAGAAUGUGGAAAAUGUUUUACAGCUAAAUCACAUCUUGUAAAUCAUGUGAGAAUUCAUACAGGAGAGAAGCCAUAGAAAGAGAGUAUAGAAAGUGUUUUCUUUAUCAAAUCUGGUAAUUUACCGGCAUUAAACAGUUAGAAAAAUGGUUUCUGAAUUAACAGAAUGUUAAACAGAUUUGUAAAUGACUUAUAUAUCAAAAUCUUAACCCUUCCAGCACUUAUCAGCUGCUGUAUGCUCCACAGGAAGUUGUCUAGUUCUUUCUCUCUGUUGCCAUCUCUGUUCGUGUCAGGAACUAUCCAGAGCUGGAUGGGUUUGCAAUGGGGAUUUGCUCUGGACAAUUCCUGACACGGACAGAGGUGGCAGCAGAGAGCACUGUGAUCAGAAAGGCUAAUUCCUCUGAGGUGAGCAGCAGCUGAUCAGUAUGGAAAGACUGGACAUCUUUAAAUAGUAGAAUAGAAUUUAGACAUUUGUAUAACUUUCUCUUACCAGUUGAUUUUAAACCCUUUUUAUCUGAAGUUCCCCUUUAAUGAGCUUUCAUUUUGGGUGGAUUUAGCCUGGAUCCGCAAACACUAAUACAUAAGGAAGAUAAGUGGCGCCUGGUUUACUGUCACAGCAGGGAAGCGGAUUUGGCUCCUUGCUUCUUAUUACAGUGUUCACCCAGUCAUGAGAAAACAGAAUACAACUUUUUAAAUCAACAUUUUCUGUGGCCACAUUUAUUGUUGAUCCUCAUUCAUACUGCAGCAAAUGUGAUGGAACUGAAGGGAAAAAAUGGAUUCAUUUUCUUAUAAUUUGUUAAAGGAUUUAAAAAAAAUGGUAAAUAAAAUUGUCAG